AUGAAGUUCGAACCUCGACUGUUGGCGUGCUCACUCCUAGGUUCUUUGUUCUUCCGAUUACUACCACUGGGGUGUUUGCCGCCGGACGGUUCCCAGCGAGAUGCUUCCAAGUCAGUUGCUAUCGUUGGCGCAGGGAGCGCCGGACUGGCGAUGUUGAAAUCCCUAUUGGAUCUGACGAUCGAGACUCGUGCAGACUGGGACAUAGUAGUAUACGAGCAACGUAGGGAUGUCGGGGGAAUAUGGUUGCCAGAUCCAUCACCGCCACCUCCUCCUGAGCUACCGGAAACUCCACUGUAUCCCCUACUGCACACUAAUAUCCCUGUCCCCAUGAUGACUUACCCCGGCUUUCCGUUCCCGCCUGGCACGCCCCUGUUUCCCCUACACGAAUACAUACAACGGUAUCACCAGGAUUACGCGACACUCCAUGGCCUUUGGCCAUACAUCAAGUUCAACCAUACUGUACUGUCGUCGUCAUGGGUAGGAACGCCACGGGCUGGGCAUUGGGAGAUCGUCAUUGAAGAUCAUAAUGGUGACCGGGUGAAAAGAUCAUUCGAUCAUCUCGUCGUUGGGAGUGGGCAUAAUCAUGAGCCACAUCUUGUGGUAUUCGCCGGCCAAGAGACGUGGUUAGAGAAUGCUAAGGGCGGACCGGAACGUGAAAUUCUGCACUCCAUAUGGUACCGCGACCCAAGUCGGUAUGUCAACCGAACCGUCGUAGUGGUAGGUGGAGGGGCAAGCGGACUCGACAUGGCGUCUCAGGUAUCGCAGUAUGCCCGCAAAAUUUAUCUCAGUACCCGCAGUCCGCCGGAGGGGGUGCCGACAGGACCCGUGGAGAUGAAGCCUGGGAUUUCACAUUUUACCUCGGAUGAUGUUGUCUUUACGGAUGGUUCGAUGGCGCAGGACGUGGAUACGGUUUUGUUAGGUACGGGCUAUGAUCUCCGGGUACCUUUCUUAGAAGAGGGCGGGGAAGUGAUCGUGAAACCAAGAUCUAACGAGACGGACGGACGCAGACUUACCACCAACCUGCGUUAUCUGUUCCCACUCCACAGACAUAUAUUUUCUCUGUCGGAGUCUUACCCAACGAACGCACUGGCUUUCAUCGGCCUCCCGAUAUUAGCCCUGAGCUGUCCGUCGGAUACUGCGCAGAGUAUCUACGCCUCCUCGAUCAUUGCGAAUGGUAGCCUGCUUGCGCCCCGAUCUGAAUUGCUGAGCCAGCUUGCAGACAGCGAAGAAGAUCUUCGGAGGAGAGGGUAUGAUCCGUAUUACAUUGGACACAGGAUGGUCGACAAUUCCACGUUCGAUUAUCAAGACGGCCUCAUCAAAACUCUGCGAUUGAAGAAGGGAUUGCCAGGGAAGAUUACCCCUUUCGUCGAGCCUUGGAGAAGGGAAACCAUUAUCUACAUAGGUAGCAUGAAGCGAGGGUGGCGGAGGCUGGAGGGACUUGGACUAGCUGAGGAGUGGCUAGACGGAGUUGAGAGUGAAGAAGAGUGGGCCGAUCUUAUGAGACGAGUAGGCGUAUGGCAGAGUGAUUGGGAGACGGAGCACCAGUUGGUAUUCCCGAAUGACAUGCUCAUAUAUUGA